GAACAUUUACCUGGAAAGUCAUUUACCUUUUGGGUAUGGCUCGAAGCAAUACUGGACCUAAUUAAAAAACACAUUCUUCCUCUUUGGAUUGACGGGUAUAUAAUGGGAUUUGUGAGCAAGGAGAAAGAACGAGUUUUGCUCAGGGACAAAAUGCCUGGAACAUUUUUAUUAAGGUUUAGUGAAAGCAACCUGGGGGGAAUUACAUUUACCUGGGUGGACCAGUCAGAAAACGGAGAAGUAAGGUUCCACUCAGUGGAACCCUAUAAUAAAGGUCGUUUAACUGCGCUGCCAUUUGCUGACAUUUUGCGAGAUUACAAAGUUAUUUUGGCAGACAAUGUUCCUGAAAAUCCACUGAAAUAUCUGUAUCCAGAUAUUCCCAAAGAUAAAGCCUUUGGCAAAUACUACAGCAGUCAGCCAAAUGAAGUCUCAAGACCUACAGAAGGAGGGGUCAAAGGUUAUGUCCCCGCUGUAUUUAUCCCAAUCUCCAAAAUCCUGUAUGAUUCCACAGAUCCACAUUCUCCAUCAGAUCUUCUUCCCAUGUCUCCAAGUGUUUAUGCUGUGCUGAGAGAACACCUGAGUCCCACAGUAAUUGAAACUGCUCUGAGUUCUCCAUAUUCAGCUGACUGAAAUGCAGACACCAUGAAGAACAACAAAGCAGCCAAAAUGCUUUAUAAAAUGAAAGUUUAAAAAAAAGAAGUUGUUUAUGCAGCUUUGUAAAUAAGGGUUUCCUGGAAGCCAAUGCGAUGUUCUUCUUGGGCCUACAUGUACUUUCAAAUGCAUGUAAAUCAGAAGCCUCCCCAGAGAAGUCACUGAAGUUACAAACAUCUGGCAUCAUUUGCGUCCUGCCACUGAAGUUCUCACUCAAGGGAAUAUUACCUCUUAACUCAAUGGGCCAAAUCUUUCCCUGGUGUGCAACUCCAUUGACUUCAGUGGCGUUACACUAGGUAUGAAUUUAGCCCAGUGGGACUGCUUAUGGAAAUAAGGACUGCAGUAUUGCUGUAAAAUAGGACUUAUGGUAGGAUGGAGAUGUUCUGUUCAUGAAACAUUUUGAAAGCAAGACUUUAGAAUAACUAAAGAGAGUUAAGAUGUGUUCAGAAAAUCAGGAUUCAUGCUGUACAUUUCAUGUUCUGUUUUUAUAAUGUCUAUUUCUUUGGCUUUUAUUUUAAAUUAAAGGUUCUCAUCCGUCCCUUCAUGACACUGACCGUAGGUGCCAGGAGUCAGCCUUUGCUGCCAUGAACGGCUUUCAGUACAAAGGGACAGAUUUUAUCUUCCUGCAGUAAAAUCCAUGGAAGGGAAGGAGGAGGAGAAGGGAAUAAUGAGAAUAGAAGAGUUCUCUAGAAACUCUAGAGCAGGGGUGGGUAGUAAAUUAGUUUUUGCUAAGGUCUAAAUUUCUCAGUCUAGGUAGAGUCAAGGUCCAGACUCCAGAGAAAAUAAUAAAAAUAACGAUAAUAAGUAAAUAAAAAGAUUUUGGGGUCCAUUUAAAAGUAUCCGGCAGUCCGAAUUUGUCCUGCGGGCCACCUGUUGAUUACCCCUGCUCUAGAGGCACUACACUUCGAAGGUCACUAAAUUUCUGUACCUCCAUUCCGCAUUUGUAAAGCAGGGUUAAUAAAAUCUCUGUCUUGCAGGACAGUUGUGAGAGUAAAUUUAUUCAUGGUUGUGAGGCACUAUGAUGAGUACCUCAGAAAAGCCCAUGAAGAAAGAAAACAGUCCUUAUUCAAUGCAGGGUUUAGAUGGUGUGCCAUAAUCAAGGCCUUAGGGACACAGAAUGAUUAAAAAGGAUACCAAAGAGCUGCUUCAUUUGCUGAGUACUGUCCAACUUGCGCCUAGUCAUAGUCCAAAGUUACAAAAAGAGCUAAAUUACCUCAGAUACAGAUGUAAAUAAGCAGAAUAACCAGUUCUUAACAUAAAAGGUUAUUUGCCUUUUUAAAGCAGCCAAGUUACUGUUAGUCAUGACAGUCUGUCGUUUCUCAGAAUUACCCAUGACAACUUAACUGUUUUAGAAUAACUUAAACACUGACAAUUACAAAAGAUAGAUAUCCAAGUUCUGCCUGUGAAGUAUGCAGUCUUGAGCAUACUUAAUUGUGCAAGCAAAAUAUGCAUUUGUACAAGCAAGCGGUAAGGUACAACAUAGGCCUGGUCUGUGCUAGAAAUUAGAUCAGUUUAACUAUUUCGGUCAGGAGUAUGAAAAAUCCACAACCCGAGUGGCAUUGUUAAACCAACCUAAGUCCUCAUGUAGACAGCACUAUGUUAAUGGAAGAAUUCUUCCGUUAACCUAACUACUGCCUCUCGAGAAGGUGGAUUACCUAUGCCCAUAGGAGAACCCCUUUCUUCAGUGUAGGUAGUGUCUACAGUGAAGCGCUACAACUGUGCAGCUGUGCCACUAGAGCAUUUUAAGUGUAGGCAAGCCUUUGGCACCUGAGAUGAAAUCCUCGCCCCAUUGAAGACAAUGAGAGGUUUGUUAUUGACUUCAGUGGGGCCAGGAUUUCAUGCCUACUCCCCACCCCCAACAAAAAAGAGUGACCCUCAACAUUUACCAUACAGUUCUGUUUGCUGGGCACCUCCAAAGGUAUCUUACUAAGGCCUUUUGUGGGCCAUCCCUGGAGGCUCUCACAUUUAAAUAGAUAGUGUACCUGGGACCUGAAAGCAAAACGAUACCAAUGUAUUACCUUUGGUAGGCCUGUUUUAGCUCUUAGCCUAGUGGUUUCGCUGAUAGUACUAUAACAUUAAAUUGAAAAGUUCUAGAACAAUCUUAGGAUUCCUGCUCCUCUGGUCACGAGAAGUAAGGGUCAGUGCACAGAGCCACUAUGAGCAUCUCCAAGUAGCAGCAUAGGGAAAAAUCCGCCGGGGCAGGGAUGUAAGAUCAGAGUAUAUGGUUAGAAGUGGAAUAAGCAGUAGGGCGUCCAGCUCUUCCCCACUAGUAUUGUCCUCAGUUGUAAACUGUCGGGAAAGCAAAGGGAGAGCCCCAAUGAUCUGAUCCACCUGGCAUCUCCUUGCUGGGCAAAUGGAGUAUGUUUAAAAUAAAUGAAUACAUUUUUUUUCGCUGUCUAGUCUGAAUGAUUUGUACCUAGUCAGGGGGAUGUAGUCAAACUUUGAAAACCCAAUGACCGUAAGUAAUUCUCCAGAAACAUGGCAUAGAGCUGAUAUUAAACCGUGUAUAUAGUUUCAUAA